AAUCCGGUUCGUUCCGUCGUACAUUUGGUUGUUUCGCGUCCGCGAAGUGCCUCUCUCGAAAAGGAGCCAUGAAUCGUUGCCGCGCGAAAGCGAUCCCGUAAACGUCGCCGAAUGCUCGAGAACCAGGAGUAGGUUAGGUUUCGGUGCUGUAGUUGGAUUUGGGCAACUUCCGGAACGAGAUUUUGCGGAUUUUUUCCGAUAAAGAAGCCGGACUCGAUGUUUGUGGGGCUGACGAGCGGAUGAGGAGAAUCUGGAGGACGGAGGAGGAGGCGAUCCGGUACGCGCUUCGAUUUCUGGUUGAUUUGGUCAAUUGCUAGGUCAUCUCAACGAAAUCGUUGCUUCAGCUGUUGUGCGUGAUCGGUACGUCGUUGCGAUCCUUUCGACGUUGCUUUGGGUUGUCCGUACAUCCAGAUAAGCAGAUACCCGGUCAAGCAGUACAAAGUGGCCCAGCGGGUCGUCAAGAACGUGCUCAUUUCGCAGUGGUUCGAGUCGUACCAGAAGGAUAAUGUGGCGUUCGUGAAGGCGCUCAAAAUCGACGUGGACGAGAAGGAGAUGGGGGAGAUCUUUACUAAAUACGACAUCAACGACGCCACCACGAUGCUCGGGCCGCGCGAAGAGGACAAAACGAUCCCGUUGAAGAAACUCACCAUCGAGACGGCCGUCUGCUGGCAAGCGCUGCUCAAGAUCCUCCAACACACCGAGUCGUACGAGCUGGACGCGUACAAUGUGGAUCUGACGGCGUUUUGCAACUACGUUAAGACCUUUGCGGACACGCCGACGCUGUGCAACAACAUCCGGCAGUUGGCAUACGAUCCGUCAAUGACGGCGGACAAGUUACAGAAGAUGUACUUCCAGUCGAUGAUGCAGGUGCUGCUAGAGAUUGUGACGUCGUACGAUCUGGGUGACGAGGUCGGUCGGGAGAACUUGAAGAAGGUGCUGGCGGAAAUGUUGGCUUGCGGCGAUCUUGGCGAGGGCAACGUGAAGACGAUUAUGUCCAUCUUUGAGCGGUUGGUGGGUUAUGUCGAGCAGAGGUUCCGAUUCUGUGUGGAUUUGAUCAACGGAAUUUUGGAACCCUCGCGAGCGGUUGUUUAGAACACGUCGCGAUCGUUGAUGGAUGAGUACUUGGGAAAGAACCCGGACAAGAGUCUGCAGAUGAAGAUUUCCUCGCUUCGAUUGAACAUAAUGGACUUGAAGAAGCAGGAGAUGGACAAGGUCAACAAGAAGGAUUAUGGCGGUGCGCAGCGAGUGUUGGACGAGUUGGCCACCGCCAAUGACGUACACACGGUCACUAUCUGGUUCAUGUACAAAUGUCAUUCCGCAAAACCGGCUGGAAAUCUAACUAGGUUGUGUGAGCGCCGUUGACGAGUACCAAGGUGGACUGAUGUUCAUUCUAGACGUUUCGCGCCGUGUUUUGCUGCAGAUCACCGAAAUUAGGACUUUGGUGUUUGAAUUACAGCGGUGUU